CGGGUGUGGUUGCUGCUGCUAUAGCACGAAGUGCGAGGAAGCGGGGAUAGCGCGCUACCCUUGACAACCGCCGGAAGCAGCUGACCCGGCUGCAGGUGUGCGGCCGGCUGGCAGACCUGUGAGUGAGAGUGCGUCAGUGAGGCAGCGCCAUGUUGGGCUGGCUGCUGUCGGUGCCGCUGGCGGUGGCCCGCUGGCUGCUGUCACCGAUUCCGCUUGCGGUUCUGGUGGUCACCCUCGUGUACGCCUACUUUAGGUACACCAAAGACUUCGACUUCUGGCCCUCACGCGGCGUGCCUGGGCCGAAGGCUACACUGCCCUGGGGAAACGAGUAUGGGAUGCCGUUCAUGGCGCCGAUGGUCGAGUUCGAGCAGUGGCUCUACAGCGAGCACGGCGGCAAGAAGUACUGCGGCUACAUGGAGAUGAACCGGCCGGUGCUCUUCGUCGGCGACCCUGACCUGAUCCGGGCCAUCAGUAUCAAGGACUUCGAGUACUUCUCCGACCGACGAGACUUUGGCGAAUUAGAAGAUAUGAAGGGAGCUCUGAGCGCCGUCAACGGGGAACUGUGGAAGAGCACACGAGCCGUCAUGUCGCCCACGUUCUCCGCCAGCAAGAUGAAGGCCAUGCACCAGCUGACGCUAGACAACGCUACCAACCUGAACAAGUAUGUGCUGGAAGACAUGCAGGAGAAGGGGGAGGUGGAGAUGAAGGACGCAUUCGGGCGAUAUACUAUGGACAACAUCGCCUCCUGCGCCUUCGGCGUUAACUGCAACUCUUUCGUUGACCCGAACACUAAAUUUGCAACGAACGCCGCAAAGUUGUUCAGUCCUGGGAUGCUUGGAAUGCUCCGUAGCAUUGCAAUGUUAACCAUCCCGCGCUCAAUUGCUUCAAAAAUCCCUAACCCGGACAAGGAAGUGUAUCAGUUUUUCGGAGACGUCAUCAACACAACCAUCGCUCAUCGGGAGAAGCACCCAACGUCCCUGCGAGACUUCCUGCAGCUGCUACUGGACACCAAGGACAAGGACGGCAAUCGCGUGCUCAGCACCACCAGCAUUGUCAGUCAGUCGGUGCUCUUCUUCUUCGCCGGGUACGACACGACGGCCACGCUAUUGACGUUCGCUGCUUACUGCCUGGCCACCAGUCCCGAGGUGCAGCGUCAGGCGCAGCAGGAGGUGGACGAUGUUGUAACCAACCACGGCGGUCAGCUGACGUACGACGCCGUGAUGGAGAUGUCCUACAUGGACCGGGUGCUGUCCGAGACGCUGCGCAUGUACCCACCAGCCACGCGGAUCGAGCGCUUAUCGACCAAGGACUACACUCUGCCCGGUACGAACGUCCACCUGCCCAAGGGCACGCUGGUGCAGAUACCGGUAUUCGUGCUCCACCGUGACCCGGACCACUACCCGGAUCCGCUGCGCUUCGACCCGGACCGCUUCCUGCCCGAGGAGAAGGAGAAGCGUCACCCGUGCGCCUACAUACCGUUCGGUGUCGGACCGCGUAACUGUAUCGCCAUGCGGUUUGCACUGUUCGAGGCGAAGGUGGCGCUGGCGACACUGCUCCGAAAGGGCACGCUGCUGCCGACGGAGAAGACGCCUCCACCUCCCCUUCCGCUUGACAAGAAGACGUUUAUCACCGCGCCUGAGGGCAAGAAACUGCAUUUGAAGGUGGAACUGAGAGCCAGUGACGACUAGGGUCAGUAAUGACCUCGCAGCAGUGUCAGUCCAACGACGGGUCACGCCCAGAGGGACGCUGAUCAAAUUAGCUGGACCUAGUUGCCCCGAGCCUUACAUGGAAUGCUCGCCAUUUUAAGAUAUUGAAUGUAGCAUUAGAUGUGAGCAUUAGCAUUAGAUGACACGAAAUCAUUUCACUUACAAGUAUUGGUACACUUUGAAGUGGAAAAUGCCGCUUAGACAGCAAAAUUUCUAUAUUUUGUAAUUCUGCUCAAUAUGUGAUUGUUUUAUUGCGUCAUGGAAAGUUUGUAUGACAGCGUUCCCUUGUGGUUUUUCAAUCUCCUGAGAGAUCGCAAUAUGGGCUGAAAGUGUUCUGUGAGCCAACUAUCGUGAUGUGCGCGUGUUUCGGCCCCUCCCCGUCGGGGUUCUGACAUUUUUCCUUGAGUUUAAGACAUUUAUUUGCGCCCACAUGUUCGGUUUUAACGCUAUUCCUAAGUUGUCCCAUUAUGUUAUUAUUUCCUCAGUAACCGGGACGAAGCUAGAACGUCUUGUAUGGUGUAGCAUAAAAUAUAAUUCGUGUUAGAAACAUGUACAUCUUGCUUAACACUGAUUGGGAGCCAAUUGACGACCGUUAUAGCUGAAAAUCGUGCUUACGAGCCCCAGAUAUGAACGGCUUGAUGAUAAUAUCUGUUUUACCUUGAACAUCGCAUAGACAGUCGAGUGGCAGUACUUAAAUGAGUUAUGACAUCAUGAAUGUCGUAGUAACCUUGAAGUACUCUGCACAAAAUAGUCUGCACAUCUUGGCGGGGGUGCAGCUCAGAAGUAAGAGACAUUUUGGUCUCCAGAGGGGCAGGGCUUUGAGCGGUACUAAAUGAUCUUCAAGAUAACUUUCAGUACAUAAAUCUGGUACAAAUAUGGAACACUCUCAGCUUCUGCACUACGGGAAAGUUUGACUUCAGUGGCGGAAGGACAAGGUGAUUGAAAGCAGCAAUGUAACAUUCGUUGGUCUUCACGCUGCGUGAGAAUGCUCAUUCUUGGGGGACUGAACAUGAAUUUUCCAGUAUACUAGGCAUGGUGGUCUACGAGUCUGUCAUGUAUGAGUAAAACAAUUGCAAGAUGGGGCAGUGGCGGGGGCGGCAUAUCAAGGCCGACGGAACCACCAGAUCGGAUCACCCCUACAUGAGCACUCAGGAGGUGAAUGUAAACAAUUCAAUUUUUAAAAAAUAUAUAUUGUGUCACCUUAAACGCAAUUUAGAUAAAAUUUUAGCUCGAUGAGUCUAGUGGCGUUCCACGUAAUGAAAAUGCUGUCACAACCUGUCACUGCAGAGCAUCGACAUGCUGUACCAUUUCCAAACAUGUACUCGGUGGAAAUGAAAUAAACCGCUGUUCAUGA